GAUGAAGCCAACUAUCUUGACGAGCCAAAAUAACUAUAUUCGCUUGUAAAAUUGCUUCCCACUUAUACUCCUCCUCUCCCACAAGCACAUUCCGGGGACAUUGGAGAGAGUUCAGAGUUCUCUUCUCACCUUAUAAUUUAAGGAAUGGCCAUGGUGAUUGAAGGUGCGGCCUUUGCUGCAGCCGUUACUACGAAAUUCCCCUCAUUCAGAAUCAUCCGUACAAGACCCACUUCCACCUCCGCUUCUUCUCGAACCUUUCGAAGCUUCUCCGCCUCAGCUUCUACCCUCAAGGAGGGUGACCCACCUGCUCCUCUAUCCGUUUCGCUUGGUCACUAUACCCGACCCGAUUUCCCAAUCCUUCACCAGGAAGUCAAUGGCUGUAAACUUGUCUAUUUAGAUAAUGCUGCAACUUCCCAGAAGCCUAUAGCUGUCAUGAAAGCUGUACAAAACUAUUACGAAGCUUACAAUUCGAAUGUGCAUCGUGGAAUCCAUUCUUUAAGUGCAAGGGCAACAGACGAGUAUGAGUUGGCCAGAAAGAAGAUUGCAUCUUUUAUCAAUGCAUCAGAUUCUAGUGAGAUUGUAUUUACAAGAAAUGCUACAGAAGCUAUCAAUCUAGUAGCUUAUUCGUGGGGCCUCCAAAAUUUAAAACAAGAAGAUGAGAUUCUGCUGACAGUUGCCGAACAUCACAGUUCCAUUGUUCCUUGGCAACUUGUAGCUCAAAAGACUGGUGCUAUUUUGAAAUUUGUGAGCUUAAAUCAAGAUGAAGUUCCAGAUAUCAACAUGUUGAAGGAAAUGUUGUCGACAAAAACAAAACUUGUAGUAGUCCAUCAUGUCUCUAAUAUGCUUGCUUCUGUUCUUCCUGUUGAAGAUAUUGUUCUUUGGGCGCAUGAAGUUGGAGCAAAAGUGCUAGUUGAUGCUUGUCAGAGUGUUCCACACAUGGUGGUUGAUGUUCAGAACCUCAAUGCUGAUUUCCUUGUUGCUUCUUCUCACAAGAUGUGUGGGCCUACAGGCAUUGGAUUCUUGUAUGGAAAGAGUCACCUUCUUUCUGCCAUGCCUCCAUUCUUAGGAGGCGGAGAGAUGAUCUCUGAUGUAUUUCUAGAUCAUUCCACUUAUGCAGAACCACCAUCCAGAUUUGAGGCUGGCACACCAGCAAUUGGAGAAGCAAUAGGGUUAGGUGCAGCAAUUGAUUAUUUGACAGGGAUCGGCAUGCAAAAAAUUCAUGAUUAUGAGGUAGAGUUGGCAGGAUACCUAUAUGAAAGCCUCCGAUCUGUCUCUAAUGUCCGCAUUUAUGGUCCUGUACCGACAAAAAAAUCUCCUCGGGCUGCACUUUGUUCAUUCAAUGUUGAGAACAUUCACCCAACAGAUAUUGCCACAUUUCUUGAUCAACAGUUUCAGCAUGGCGUUGCCAUCAGGUCAGGUCAUCACUGUGCUCAACCCCUCCAUCGCUAUUUAGGAAUCAAUGCAAGUGCACGAGUAAGUCUUUACUUUUAUAACACUAAAGAGGAUGUCGACAGCUUCAUUCACGCUUUAAACGAUACAGUGAACUUCUUCAACUCUUUUAAGUAAACUGUUUUUUUUUUUCCCUUUAAAUCCUGCUUACUGUAAUUGCAAGUUGUUUUUUUUCUUCUGUAUGCUUAGAAUGAACUAUAUUUUUAUAAUAAAAUUUUUAAUUUUUAAUGUUGCU